GUGACGAGUCAAGAACGCCUUGAGAGAAAGACACGGUGUUCCGCCAGCACUGUCCACUUUCUGUACAACAUGUCCUGCAAACUGGAUCCGUCCACGUAUCUGUUUGACGUGCCGCCGCUGUUAAUGGAGACAUUUUGUAAAGUGAUGGACAGCGGAUAUGACAGCCUGGGAUGGAGAGGUUUGGCGGCUCGGAUUCUGCCCAGCUGGUUGGAGGUUCGAUGCUCAGAGAUGCAUGCAGCUGCUGGGAAGAGCCCGACCCAUGAGCUGCUCUGGUCCUGGGCUCAGCAGAACAAAACUGUAGCAGAUCUCAUGAGGGUUCUGGAGGAUAUGGGACACUAUCGAGCACUUGAUCUGUUCCGUUCUCAUGACUCAUACAAAGACACACGACAGCCCUCUUCAGCCCAGAACAUUUCUAAGCCUCGACCUCACAAUGAAGAACCAAGCCUGGGCUCAGAUCUUCACCAUGAGCGUAUGUUUUGUGAAGGCAGAAGAAAGAAGGCAUUGAUCACUUACUCAGAGGUCUUAGUAGGAACUAGGAACUUCCACCCCGAUUUGAAAAUCAGAGAAAGCAUGUUUGCAGAGGUUUACCACGGAAGACGAGGAAAUGAAAGCUUUGCUGUGAAGGUUUUCAAGCAGGGGAACAAGAACUCUUGGAAGGUUUUGUGGGAAAAAUUUAAAACAGAAAUCGAAGUUCUACAACUCUAUGAUCAUCCCAACAUCUUGGAGCUUUGGGGUAGUUUUUCACAGGAUGGGUGCUACUGUUUGGUCUAUCCGUUCAUGUCUAAUGGAUCUCUGUUUCAUAAACUGCAUAAUGAGGAAAAUGAGAAGACUCUGACGUGGCAGGAGAGACUUGACGUUAUCAAAGGGACUGCAAAGGCUGUACAUUAUCUGCACACUGCCCAGCCUUGCAAGGUUAUCUGUGGAAACAUCACAAGUUCAAACAUUCUGCUGGAUGAAUGUUUGCAGCCCAAGCUAUCUGAUUUUGGAAUGGCCCGUCUCAGACCCCACACCAUUAACCAGAGCUGGACCAUCACCAUGGAUACGGGGCCCCGCAGCAACCUGGCAUACUUACCAGAGGAGUAUAUACGUGAUGGGAAACUCUCUGUCAAAUUAGACAUUUACAGUCUUGGUAUGGUCAUUCUGGAGACAUGCACAGGCAAGAAGGUGAUGCAGGAAACACCAAAGCAAACAUUAUUGAGGGACGUGCUGAGUUUAGAGGCAGAAGAGAAGGGCUGUGUGGAUGCCUGUCUGUGCUUUUUGGACCCCAGAGCAGGAGAGUGGUCCACUGUAGUUGCCCUCUGCCUGCUCCGCCUGGGCCUGGAGUGUACAAGCAGCCGAGCCCGAACCAGACCAAGCAUGGAACAUGUGUUAGAGAAGCUCAGCGAGCUUCCCCCUGUAUGUUUCGCUCUGGAUGAGCAGCCACGCACCCUGGAUGACACAACCCCACCAUCCAUCCCUCACGCUGAUCAUCAGCUGAGCUCCAGCCUGCCUGAAGAGGAUGAUGAAAUGAUGAAGCCUGAGGUCCCUGAACAGUCAGAACCUCAAGAGUACAGCCAGUCAGAGGUCAUUUUUCUGGGCAAGAAGGAAUGUGGCAUGUGCCUGACCAGCAGCUCUGUCGUAAAAGGAAGGAGAGAAGACGCAGCUGUGGGGUGCCUUCAGAUGGAGUGUACCCCUGCACUGGAUAUAUACAGCAGCUGGCCUGUCGAGUGCAGUUGCGCAGCCGGAGCAGAAAUGGUCUGCGAGGACUGCUGGGCCAAUGGCUUUAGCCACAAUCCGUCAGUCAUCCCUCAAGAUGACAGACGACAGCCUUGUGAAAGUACAGUUGAAAAUCCUGCUAAAAUGAGACUCCGUUAUAAAAUCCAGUUGUACAACCAAGGCUUGCUCAAGACAGAGGAACUUCUUUCGAUGACAUCAGACUGAUUCUACUACUUUAUAUUGUCCAUAUCUGGGAUUGUACAUAUUUCAGCAACACCUCACUGCGUCAAUUGCCAAAAUAUAUAUUUAAUACAGACAGUUUCUUAAAGAAUGAAUUUCCAAACACUGUACAUCAGCAUAUAUUAGAAAUAUUGUAUUCAUGCAAGUUUGAAUAUUUUUAAAGGGCCCAUAUAUUAUUUGCAGGCAUCUUUGUAUUUUGUCUAUA